AUGGCCCCUAGGUCCUUUGCUGCUGCUGCGAUGGAAAUCCCGCGCCGUGGCGUGAAUGCUGCCAUGGAGAUUGAUGCUCCCCCCUCCACCGUGGACUCCGAGAUGCUCUCUGAUGGAAGCUUCCAACUGCUGGACCAACUCCCGAAGAUCACUACCAACGACUACCAGAUGGCAGCGGAUGUGGCGGAGAACCACAAGAAUGCGGAAGAUGCGGCCAGCCUCACGCUCUCGGGGGGGCAACCUUGGUUCAAGUACCCACCGGGGCCAGCUAGCAGCGGCCAGGGAUUGGGGAGCGACACUAAGGUUCUGGUGGACUUUGAGAAGGUCACGGUAGACACCUACAGCAUCUUCAACGGCGGCAAGGAACUGCCCCUGGUCCCGGCCCACAUCCGAAACAUGCUCCGAGACUUUACCUUGGGCGACCUUCGAGACUUUCUUUCUAUUUUUGGUGACCUGGAGACGCCCACUUCAUCGGCUUUCCACCGGAUCCUGGAGAGCUAUCGACUGGCGUUCAAGAACAUGCAGCAUGAAAAGAUCCUGGCGGCUGAGCACGUCAAGAAGAGGGAUGCCACGACAAUCCACAAGCUCGAUGCAGGCCGGGAGAUUUCAGAGUACAUCUGCGAGCACGGCAAGUCGCCCUGGAUCAAGCAACGAGCGGAAGGCACAUGCAUGGCGUGUGGCAAGACCGGUUCCCGCAUGCCCAUGACGAAGGACAUGGGCCUGACCCAGGCAGUCGAUGGCAUCACCUGGGUACAGGAGGCCAGCAUGAAGACUGCAGCUUCCAUCAACAUGGCCGACUUCUGUGUCCCCCUCAAGCCGCCACAGAUCAACCAGGAGAUCUCAUACUCCGACCUGGUGCCCAACAAUCAACGAGUUCUCCUCCGGGACCAAGUGAUCGAGGAAGAGGUUGAUGAUCCACUCUUCUCCAGCACCAACAUAGAAGACCGUCCUCCCUUGAAGCAGGAGUACCGCGAUGGUCAGCAGGCGCUCUUCUUUCACCCCCAAGCCACCAAGGCGCUCCGUCUCCGCGCACAGAGGAAGGAAGACCCACCAGUCAAGAAAUCCGUGGAGGAGAAGAUGGCAGACGAGGAAUAA